AUGAUAGUAAAAGUUUGGAUAACAAAUGAUAGCUGUAAAAACACACAUGAUCAUUUCCGCUCCUGCCUCCUUCUUUCUCGACAAGAUGGCCACACCGGUGGUAUCAGCAAGUGCUCCUCCGGCCACGCUAGCCGCAGCCCCUGUGGCGGCACCAGCAUCGGCCUCCGCCUCAGUCCCAGCGCCAACGCCAGCACCGGCUGCGGCUCCGGUUCCCGCUGCGGCUCCAGCCGCAUCCUCAGACCCUGCGGCAGCAGCGGCUACAACUGCCGCUCCUGGCCAGACCCCGGCCUCAGCGCAAGCUCCAGCGCAGACCCCAGCGCCCGCUCUGCGUGGUCCUGCUCUCCCAGGGCCUUCCCGGGCGGCCGCGUGGUCAGGCUGCACCCAGUCAUUUUGGCCUCCGUUGUGGACAGCUACGAGAGACGCAAUGAGGGUGCUGCCCGAGUUAUCGGGACCCUGUUGGGAACUAUCGACAAGCACUCAGUGGAGGUUACCAAUUGCUUUUCAGUGCCACACAGUGAGUCAGAAGAUGAAGUGGCUGUUGACAUGGAAUUUGCUAAGAACAUGUAUGAACUGCAUA